AUGGAUGAUUUCAGUCCAAUUCGCCUCAACAUACAUGGUAUUGUGUGCGACAAUGGAACGAUUCAUUGUGGUGGCCAAUAUUACUUCGCUUCAAUCCCUAGUAAGAGUUACGACUACGUGCCUUUGCUUGCGGGCUGGGAACAUUAUCAGAAAUUCAACUUCUACGUGAUGACUGUGUUACACAUAUUCGUUCCUUUUGCCAUUCUGGUGAUCCUGAAUAUUUCGAUAGUAGUGUUGACAAAACGAAAAAUUCAUGGAGUAAGCUGGGCAAUGGCUACACUUAUCGACAUGCCAAAAGUGACCGAAAUGAUUCGAAAAGGCAAUGCUAACGUUUCUACUCUCCUUAUUCUGAAAAAAACCAAAUUCAUAAUCGAAAGAAUCCAAGAAUCUUAA